AUGGCCAAGCCCCGGGGACUCCGCGGCCACCUGCUGGGCUUCCUGGCCCUCCUGCUGGGCGGGCUUCCCCGGGCGAGGGCAGAUGGCCUUGUCGAUGUGCUGAAGGCAUUUGGAGUGCGGGAGGGCAAGGAUGGGGUCUCCAUCGCUGCGGGGAUCUGCACCCAGAGGAAUGGAUCGGAGGAAAGCGACCUGGCCUUCCGCCUGGAGAACCAAACCCACUUCAGUGUCCCCACCAGGCAGCUCUUUCCAGACGGUCCCUUCCCCGUGGAUUUCUCAGUGCUGGCCACACUGCGAGCGCUCAAAGGCAGCCAGUCUUUUUUGCUUUCCAUGUACGACCUCCGGGGAGUGCAGCAGCUCGGCGUCGAGAUCGGACGCUCGCCCGCCUUCCUGUAUGAAGAUCAGCACGGCCGCCCGGCGCCCGAAGACUAUCCUCACUUUCGCAGAGUCAACUUGGCCGACGGCAAGUGGCAUCGCAUAGCUCUGAGCGUGGAAGGUGGGAAUGUAUCCCUGAGCGUUGACUGCGAAGAACCCGUGACGCUGCCCCUGGAGCGAGAUGCGCAUCCCGUCAUCAGCGUGGAGGGUAUAACCUUGCUUGGGGCACGGCGGCCGGAUGAAGACGUCUUUGAGGGGGAUCUUCAGCAACUGUUCGUUGUGCCGGACCCAGCUGCCGCUGCUCAGUACUGCCAACACUACAUGCCCGAUUGCGACAGGCCGCUCGCCUAUGCAUUGCACGCCCAAUAUCCUGAAGAGAACGUUCCCCGCAGGAAGGGGAGGCGAGGCAAAGGCAAGGGCAAAGGCAAGAGGCGAGGGAGAGGCAAGAAGAAGAGGAACAAGGAAUCGGUGGAGGCGUCCUCCGCACCCCCUCCAGCCCCGGGCCAGUAUGAGACUCCGACUCAAGCCGCUCCUACAAAACCAGCAGCUGAUUUCUGGGAGGAGAGUCCCGAACUAGGGCUUGGUGUCCUGACCCCGACGACUGUGACGGUCAGCGUUAACCUCACCGACAAUUAUGAGGACCUUAUCGGAGAAGAGUAUGUGAUCGGCGAGGACAUGGACCUGGACGGCAAUGGCACAUAUAGGGCUUAUGACGACAGACUUGAUUACAGAAACAGAGACUAUGAAGACUACUAUGACCGAAGGGAUGCUAGCGAGGAAGAAAGAUUUGAUCCUGCCGAGCGCGUUGAAGCCACUGCCCAGAUCCCCCAGGAAACCAAUCUGAAGGGUCAGAAAGGGGAGCCGGCAGUCCUAGAUCCUGGCACUCGUUUUGUGGGGCCACCUGGAUACCCGGGGCCAGUGGGUGAGCCGGGCCCGACGGGACAAGCGGGGCCUCCGGGAUUUCCAGGGGAUCCUGGCGAGCGGGGACCAACAGGGCUCCCAGGCCUUCCAGGAGCUGAUGGCAUUCGUGGCCCACCUGGGAUGAUGAUUAUGUUACCAUUCCAGUUUGGUAGUGACUCUUCCAAAGGCCCUUCAGUUUCUUUUCAGGAAGCCCAGGCGCAGGCGAUUCUGCAGCAAGCCAAGCUGGCUAUGAAAGGUCCCCCUGGUGCCAUGGGCCUCACGGGCCGUCCAGGGCCACUGGGUCUGCCGGGGAAUUCAGGAUUGAAAGGAGAUGCUGGUGAUUCAGGACCACAGGGUCCCCCCGGGAUAAUUGGGCCAGUUGGCCCCCCAGGGAAAACUGGAAAGCGGGGUCGCUCAGGAGCUGAUGGUGCCAGAGGACUGCCAGGGGAAACGGGACCCAAGGGUGACCGGGGCUUUGAUGGACUCCCGGGACUUCCUGGCGAGAAGGGGAACAAUGGAGAAGUAGGGAAGCCAGGCCCACCUGGAGCACCCGGUGAGAACGGAGCUAAGGGUUCAGAAGGUAUACCAGGCGCCGGAGGACAAUCUGGGGAAGCUGGGCUGCGUGGUUUGCCUGGUUCGCGAGGCCCUCCUGGUCCCCCCGGCCCACCGGGUGCCAGUGGUAUCGAUGGGGCCCCUGGACCCAAAGGCAAUUUGGGCAUACAGGGUGAGCCCGGUCCCCCAGGACAACAGGGAAACCCUGGAUCUCAGGGUCUACCUGGUCCUCAAGGUCCUGUCGGGCUUCCGGGCAACAAGGGUCCAUCGGGAAAACCAGGAAUUCCUGGACUGGCUGGUGUGGAUGGACCCCCAGGUCACCCGGGAAGAGAAGGGCCACCUGGGGAGAAAGGAACCCAGGGACCCUCUGGUGCAGCGGGACCAGUCGGCUAUCCAGGCCCCCGUGGAGUCAAGGGGGCCUUUGGAGUGAGGGGCCUGAAAGGAAGCAAAGGUGAGAAGGGAGAAGACGGAUUUCCUGGCUUCAAGGGUGACAUGGGACCCAAGGGUGACCGGGGAGACGGUGGCCCACUGGGGAUCCGUGGUGAGGAUGGCCCCGAGGGGCUGAAAGGCCAAGCAGGUCCUUUGGGGGAAUCGGGCCAUCCUGGCCCAGCCGGUGAGAAGGGCAAGUUGGGCGUCCCAGGCUUACCAGGCCACCCUGGACGCCAAGGACCAAAGGGCUCAACUGGAUUUCCUGGGCCUCUGGGCCUCAUUGGAGAGAAAGGCAAGCGGGGUAAAGCCGGCCAGGCGGGACAGGCUGGGCAACGUGGUCCCUCGGGUCUUCCUGGUGAGCGUGGUUUGCCAGGACCCACGGGGAAACCAGGACCAAAGGGGGAUGCUGGCCAUGACGGGGCCCCUGGGAUCGCAGGAGAAAAGGGACCUCCUGGACCACAGGGCUCCCAUGGAUUUCCAGGGCCCAAAGGGCCACCUGGCCCUGCCGGGAAGGAUGGCUUGCCAGGACAUCCAGGCCAACGUGGGGAGCCGGGAUUCCAUGGCAAAACUGGCCCGCCAGGGCCUGCUGGGGUCGUGGGACCACAGGGAAACUCAGGGGAAACUGGCCCUAUGGGGGAGAGAGGCCACCCAGGCUCUCCUGGACCUCCUGGAGAACAAGGGCUGCCAGGUGCUGCUGGCAGGGAAGGUGCUAAGGGUGAUCCUGGCCCUAGCGGCAUUUCUGGCAAAAACGGCCCUCCUGGAUUGAGGGGCUUCACUGGGGCUCGAGGACCUGCUGGAGAGAUCGGGCCAACCGGACUGAAGGGAGCAGAAGGACCACCCGGCCCUCCAGGGCCCACGGGUUCCCCUGGUGAACGAGGCCCCUCAGGAGCAGCCGGGGGCAUCGGACUGCCAGGCCGUGGGGGUAAUCCCGGACCAGUGGGACCUGCAGGGGAGAAGGGGGCACCGGGUGAGCGGGGCCCCAUGGGCCCAGCUGGACAGGAUGGAAUUCCUGGUCCGGUGGGACUUCCUGGCCCGGCCGGGCCACCAGGACUUGCCGGAGAAGAUGGUGACAAGGGAGAGAUGGGUGGCCCAGGACAGAAGGGAAGCAAAGGCGACAAGGGGGAAGCGGGUCCCCCAGGGCCUACUGGGAUCCAGGGACCCAUCGGACAUCCUGGUCCUGCUGGAGCGGACGGGGAGCCUGGGCGCCGAGGGCAGCAGGGUAUGUUUGGCCAGAAAGGAGAUGAAGGCGGCCGUGGAUUCACAGGAACCAGUGGCCCAUCUGGUUUGCAGGGGAUGCCAGGCACCCCAGGAGAAAAGGGCGAGAGCGGCGACGUGGGCCCCAUGGGCCCACCUGGAGCUCCAGGACCUCGAGGCCCGCAGGGUCCGAUUGGAGGGGAUGGCCCACAGGGACAACCUGGUGGCAUAGGGCAGCCUGGUCCCGUUGGAGAGAAGGGUGAACCGGGUGAAGCAGGGGACCCUGGACCGCCUGGGGAACCAGGCCGAGCGGGAGUGAAGGGCUAUGCAGGUGAAAAAGGAGAUUCCGGCCCAACAGGAGCUGCUGGGUCCCCUGGCAAGAAGGGUCCCCCAGGAGAAGAUGGGGCCAAAGGGAAUCUGGGCCCAAUAGGCUUUCCCGGUGACCCAGGCCCAUCUGGAGACCCUGGCCCUCCUGGUCUUGAUGGCGGUCCUGGUGAGAAAGGUGAUGUGGGGGAUCCUGGACUGCUAGGACCCCCGGGAGCUUCUGGGGAGCCAGGUCCUCAUGGAUCUCCAGGGAAGAGGGGACCUCCUGGGCCAGUGGGCCGUGAAGGCCGACAGGGCGAGAAAGGGGCCAAGGGGGAGCCUGGCACGGAAGGGCCCCCGGGAAAGACGGGCCCUGUGGGCCCCCAGGGGCCCCCAGGCCGAGCUGGCUCAGAAGGUCUACGUGGGAUUCCUGGCCCAGCAGGUGAACAAGGACUGCUCGGAGCACCGGGUCAGGCAGGUCCACCGGGGCCCAUGGGUCCCACUGGACUUCCGGGCCUCAAAGGCGAUCCUGGGUACAAGGGAGAAAAGGGUCAUGCUGGACUCAUUGGGUUGAUCGGCCCCCCAGGUGAGAUGGGUGAGAAAGGUGACCAGGGGCUGCCAGGGAACCAGGGAACACCAGGCCCUAAGGGCGACCCCGGAAUUGUUGGACCAUUUGGCCCUCCAGGCCCACCAGGAUCUCCCGGACUCUCUGGACCUCUUGGGCAGAAAGGCAGCAAAGGCUCCCCGGGACCGAUUGGACCACGGGGUGAUCCGGGACCUGCUGGACCACCAGGGAAUCCGGGCCGUCCAGCCGAGUUCCGGGACCCGCUGCCCCUGGAGCGUGGCCGUAAGAGUCACCGUGACUGGGAGCUGGGAGAGCAGAGAGAUGAGCCGAAUGGGCUGGAUGCUGACCCUGACGCUGACGGACUGGCGGAAGUCCUCGCUGCCCUGAGCUCCCUCCGCGACGAGGUGGAACAAAUGCGAUGCCCACUAGGCACCCCGGAGAGCCCGGCCCGGGUCUGCAAAGAGUUGGAGUUUUGCCAUCCCCACGUCACAGAUGGUGAAUACUGGAUUGACCCCAACCAAGGCUGCAGCCGCGAUGCCUUUCGGGUUUUCUGCAAUUUCACAGCUGGCGGGGAAACGUGCUUAUUCCCCGACAAGAAAUUUGAGGCUGUACGACUCGCCGCCUGGAGUAAAGAACAGCCGGGAAGUUGGUUCAGCACCUUCAAAAGAGGCAAGAAGUUUUCCUACGUGGAUGCAGACGGCAACCCCGUCCGCGUGACCCAGCUCACCUUUCUGCGCCUGCUCAGCGCCGUCGCCCACCAGAAUUUCACCCUUCUCUGCCAAAACGUGGUUGCUUGGUAUGAGGCGGAUACUGGCGGCCACUCUCGGGCCUUGCGCUUCCUCGGCCACAGUGACAUGGAGCUGAUGCACAACAGCUCGGGAGCACCCAUCCACGCCUUGUACGAUGGCUGCCAGGCACGCAAGGGCCAGGAGCGAACCGUACUGCAGAUCGCGACGCCGCGGACGGAGCAGCUGCCGUUGAUCGACGUGGCCGUGCAGGACUUUGGGGAUGUUAACCAGAAGUUCGGCUUCGAGCUCGGGCCCGUCUGCUUCGGUGGCUGA